CCGUUACACCCACCACCCCACCCCACCCCCGAGAGGCCGAGAGUCCCCGUCGCGGCGGCGGCCAACCCCGUCCAGGCGAGAGAUGUCGGACCGCCGGGAGAAGCGGCCGUCCGACGCGGCCGACGCCGCCCCGGAGGCCAAGCGCGCCCGCGAGCCGGCUGCCCCGGCGUUCCCCACGUACAAGGACGCGCCCGACCUAGCCCCCAAGAUCCGCCUCCUCUGCGAGAUCCUGGCCUCCUCCGCGUCCGACGUGGAGGCGGCCCUCGACGACGCCGACGUCCGCGUCACCACCUCCGACGUCGAGCAGGUGCUCCGCUUCUCCUACGCGCACCCGCGCGGCGCCGCCGCCUUCUUCCGCUGGGCGGGCCACAGACACCUGCACCACCAGCACUCCCCCUACUCGUGGAACCUCGUCAUCGACCUCCUCGGCAAGAACCGCCUCUUCGACCCCAUGUGGGACACCGUCGGCUCCAUGCGGGCCCAGGGCCUGCUCUCCCUAGCCACCUUCGCCUCCAUCUUCUCCUCCCUCGCCGCCAACCCCACCAGCUCCCCCCUCAAGGCGUUUGUCGAAAUGCCGAGGUACGGCAUGGACCGCGACACGCCCGCGCUCAACUCCCUCCUGUCCGCGCUUUGCCGAGCCUCCAGGCUCGAUGACGCCCGCGCCGCCAUACCCGUGGCACGCGCUGAGGCCGGCACUCGGCCGGAUGCCGACUCCUAUGCAAUCCUUCUGGAGGGUUGCGAGGCUGCCGGCAACGCUGCCGUUGCACGCGAGGUGUUCGACGAAAUGGUGCACGCGCUCGACUUCGAUCCUGCCAAUGUGCCUGCGUACGACUCUUUCCUUACAACACUAGUUUCAAGUGGCUCCUCCACGGCGCUCUCGGAUGCGAUGGAGUAUCUGGCUGUCUUGCGCCGGUACAGGUGCUCACCGGGGGAGAAGUUCCUCCGUGCUGCACUGGCCGCAUACCUUGAGGCACGCGAACUGCACAGUGCUGUGGUUCUCUGGGAUGAAUUUGUCCUUCGUCGGGGGCUCGUCCCAGAUAAGGAAAUGUACACCACAAUGAUCAUGUUGCAGGGCACUCUGGGGCAUGCUGAGGUUACUGUGAAAUACCUUGAUGAAAUGGCCAUCUAUGGAGUGUUUCCGGACGCAGACACAUACAAUGUGGUACUCAAGUUAUUGCUGAAAGGGAGGAAGCUCCGGGAGGCAUCAGCAAUAUUUAAAGAGAUGGUCAAGAACGAGUGUUGGCCAAAUGAGGCGAAUUGUUCACUUGCACUCGGCAUGUUCUUGGAUACUCGUGACUGGGACACAGGGAUCAAGGUGUGGAAAUGCAUGGCGGCGAAUAGCCUGCCUCCACUGGAGGAGGGCGGGAAUAUGCUUGUAUCGAAACUGAAGGAUGAGAUGUUGCCUGAGGCAUGCAAGUAUGCAGAGGACAUGAUCGAUCAGGGUAUCAAGUUGAGCUCGUCAACGCUGACAAAGCUGAAGCACAGCCUAGGAAAGGUCAAGAAAGGAGCCAUUCACGACCGCUUAUUUGCAAAAUGGAAGGCGCACUAGGUUCUUCUCUCUUACUCCCUCCGUCACAUAAUGUAAGACAUUUUUUGACGCUAUUGUAGGGAGCAUAUCAUAUACUGUAUGGGUUUGGGUCAUGUAGGACUGGGAAUAGGAGAUGACUCUCUUCAGUUAACCAUUUCAUGGUGACUUAUUUUGCUGGAACCAUAGGAAGUUGUGCAUAUACUGUUUGCAGAUGCGGCAAUUUAGUUCUGUAAACUAGGUGUGCAAUGUAACAUGUCAGGUUAGAAGUGGUUUAGCAACUGAGGAGUGCAGUCUCCUAACAUGGUAAUGAACCUCUUUGUCGCCA